UGCUUGUGUAGUUUCUCCCGGCUGUUAAACGUGUUUCCUGUGUGACGUCGCUCCGUAUAAAGCAGCGCGUGAGAGCAGCGCGAGGCAAACUUCUCUAUGUGAGCGUUUGUGUGUGUUAGGUACCUGGAGUGUCCCUGAUGUGUGACGCCGUCCUCGUAGACCUGCUCCACGCCUGCAGCAGUCCCGCGUGCCCCGGCGGGUUCCUGCGGGAGUCCCCCGCAGCAGCGGAGCCGCAUGUCUUCCUGCUGUGCGGCUCCCGGUACCGGGACACCGUGUCUGACGGCUUUGCGAGGUCGUGCAGGAGCGUGCACGUCCUGGACUCGGGCUCCAUGGCGGAGUGCGUGUUCCGGUUCAAAGAGACGCUGGACCGGCUCGGUCUGAGCUCCAUCCGGGUCCUGUGCAGCCCGCGGGGCCGCGUGCUGCUGCGGGUGUACCAGCAGCUGCUCUUCACCGCGGUGUACACCUUUGACUACCGCGAGGACCCCCACACCUGCUCGCGCUGCGCAGGCCCCGCCCACCCGCUCUCACCUGGACAGAGAGGCCGCGAAGGAGAAGAACAGGAAGUGAGCCGGUUCCUGCAGCAGCUGCCCGGACUGAGGGGGGACAUCAGGGCCCUCCGGUCCACCCUGAUCCCAGACAGUUUCGGUCACGGCUUCAGCACUCGUAGAGGCGGCGUGUCGUCCGUCCCGACCCUGUCCGCCCUCAACCUGUUCAGCAGCAGCCGGCGGAGGGACCCCGGGGCCGUGGUGCAGGAGAACAGACGCAGACUGGCCCUCCACGCUGGCUUUCACCCUCGGCCGCUGCGUCUGGUCAAGGUGAAUCACGCCAGUGAUGUUUGGGUUUUGGGGAAAGCCGAGCCGGAGAGUUACGACGCCAUGGUAACAGAUCAGACCGGGGUAGUUAUCGCGGCUCCAGGAGCCGACUGCAUGCCCAUCCUGUUCGCUGAUCCGGUGUCAAAGGUCAUCGGAGCCGCUCACGCAGGUUGGAAAGGAACCCUGAUGGGUGUUGCCAUGGCGACGGUGGAGGCCAUGGUGACAGAGUUUGGUUGCCGUGUGAGCGACAUCCUGGUUGCCGUGGGACCGUCGGUGGGGGCGUGUUGCUUCGUUCUGGACAGACAGCACGCGCUCAACUUUCAGCGCAUCCACGCGGACUGCGUCCCUGAUCCGGAGUCAGACCGACCGCACGUCAACAUCCGCCUCGCCAACAGAGUUCUCCUGGAGCGCGGCGGCGUCCGGCCCGAACACAUCCACGACGAUACGCUGACGGAGCGUCCCUGCGUGACGCCCUGCACUUCCUGUCACCCCGACGACUUCUUCUCCCACGUCAGAGACGGACUCAACUUUGGCACUCAGGUGGGCUACCUGUGGAUCAGAGAGAGCUGCCCCCCCACAGGAGGGACAGACCGACAGGACGGAGCGCAGACACCAGAGACCACCAGCUGAGCAGAAACACGGAGAGACGACAACCAGCAACUUCACAAGACCUGGAGCGAAAACUAGCAAGGUAUUAUUUUAGUUACAGUUACAAUUACCUUUAAAAAUGACCUGAAAAUAAACAAAAAAGAACAGUUAAAAAAGAAAACAAGAAAAU